UUAUGACAGCUCGCCGCCGAGGAGAAAAAAAUAUUUUGAUUCCAUUCGACAUUAGCCUAAGCAAAAAAUGUUCAAUUGAAUUAAAUCAAAAUUAUGUUGUUUCAACAAUAUGGCCUAAUUAAUUGGUUGUCUUUUUUUCCUCUUUAUUUUAGUACCAAAGGUGACUUUGUUUUUGACGAUUCCGAAGCAAUAGUCAAUAACAAAGAUGUGACUUCUAAAGUAUGGUCAGAUACAUUUUACAACGACUUUUGGGGUACAAAUAUAAAGAGUAAUUUAAGUCACAAGUCCUACAGGCCUCUAACGACAUUAUCAUUCAGGCUCAAUUAUAUCAUAAGUGGAGAAAAAUUGGUUGCAACACAUUUCAAAGUAACCAACUCAAUAUGUCACACCUUGUGUUGCAUUCUCCUAUUAUAUGUUUAUCAAAUAUUAGUCAAAAGAGUUCAAAAAUGUGAUAACACAUGUAUAAUAGACAUAAGUUUUAUAGCUGCGGCAUUAUUUUCUGUGCAUCCAAUCCAUGUAGAAGCAAUUUUAGGGAUUGUCGGAAGAGCUGAUAUACUAGCCACUAUAACUUUCCUUAUAUCAUUUAUAUUCUAUGAUAAAUCAAUGAAGUACAACAAUUAUACAUACAUAUUUUUAUUAACUUCAGUCCUUCUCGCUGGUAUUGCUAUGUUAUUUAAGGAAUAUGGUAUUACAGUAUUGGGUUUUUGUAUAGUUUAUGAUGUAAUUAUAAACUAUGGUAAGAUGAAAAGGAAAACAAAUAUUUUUAAAGCAACUUUGAUAAGGAUCAUCAUAGUUUUCUUAGCUGGGAUUUUAUUGGUAAAUGCUAGAUGGAAGAUCAUGGGCAGAACAAAACCAGAAUUUAAGCCGAGUGACAAUCCCGCUGCUUUUGCAAAUGAUACUUUCACUAAGGUAGCAACAUUCCACUAUGUUUAUUUUCUUAACUUUCUCAUACUACUGUGGCCACAAUGGCUGUGCUAUGAUUGGUCGAUGGGAUGUAUACAACUAAUAGAGAGUAAAACUGACUUCAGAAUUAUAUUUAUUAUUUUAUUGUAUCUGUAUGGAAUAUUAUUAAUUAGGACAUUACUACGUUCCAACAAGGGAAAAUCAUCUCAAAAGCUUGUGCUUUUGGCAGUAUCAUUGCUAAUAAUUCCUUUCCUCCCCGCUGCGAAUAUAUUGUUUCCAGUUGGAUUUGUAAUAGCAGAGAGAAUCUUAUAUUUACCAUCUGCCGGAUACUGUUUGCUUGUAUCAAUUGGUUUCAAUAAAAUUCUAAAUAAGAAAAAAUACAAGAAUUUAACUAUUUUAGCAUUUAUACUUUUAAUAAUAUUAAACUCAAGUAAAGCGUGGGAGAGGGCAUUGGAUUGGCAGAAUGAGUACAAUUUAUUCAUGAGUGGUUUAAAGGUUUGCCCGCUGAAUGCCAAAGUUAGGUACAAUGUAGCAAAAGUUGCUGACGCCCGACAGAAUGCAUCAUGGGCGCUUACGGAGUAUCUAGAAGCUAUUAGAUUAUAUCCUGAAUAUUAUCAGGCAAUGAAUAAUUUGGCUAACCUACUUAAAAAAAAAAAGAAGUUUACUAAAGCGGAAUAUUACUUCAAAAAAGCUAUUAGUGUUAAACGAGACUUCCCCGCUGCCUGGAUGAACCUCGGCAUAGUUCUUGCCAAACAGAAACGUUAUAAUGAAUCUCUAAAAGCUUAUAAAACAGCACUUUAUUAUCGACAACAGUAUUCAGAUUGCUUAUACAAUAUGGGAAAUUUGUAUUUGGAAAUGAAUGACACGAAUGAAGCGAGACGGAGCUGGUCGGCCGCCAUCAGUUAUAAUCAGAAACAUAAAUUCGCAUGGACUAAUUUAAUUGCUAUGCUUGAUAAUAUGGGACAAACUGAAAGAGCUCUGGAAAUAAUACCGGAAGCACUCUCUCAGUUACCGAAUACCCCUUCAUUACUAUUUGCUGUGGCUAAUAUCUACGGUAAGAUAAAUCGAUUUACGGAGGCCGAAGAACUUUUUAAAAAUGCAAUAAAACUAUUUGACGUAAAAGUGAAAGCCGUCCACUAUGCUAACCUUGGUGUUUUGUAUCAUCGUUGGAAAAAAAUCGACUUAGCCAGAGACAUGUAUAAACGUGCGCUGCAAAUCGAUCCUACAUUUAAAAGCGCUAAAAAAAACUUGGCCCUACUAGACAAAUAAAGAGCGCAUUACUUGUAGAUGCGAUGCAUGAAGACACAAAACCCGUAUGAUGAGAAGAUUAUGUAAUCUGUGGAAUAAAGGCAAGAUUCUGCAGAACCGUUGCCUAACAAAAAAUAAUAAUGUUAGCAGGAAAUUAGUGAUUACAAUAGGAGCGCACGUAAUGCUGCGCUAGCAUCGAUUAUCAGAACCUACACAGAUUUAUUCCGUGUAGAGGACUAGGCUAGGUUAAAGGUAUAAGUAUAUAAUAUAAUAACUAGGUAAUAGGUAUAGUAUAUAAUAAAUAGGUACUCUAAUAUAUGGAAAUCAGUCGAUACGCCACUCGUCUCUCUCUUUACAUCUCUCCCACGUGAUAAUUUACAACUAAUAAACGAUUCUUUGUUAACCAGCAUUA